GUUCCGUACUCCACUUCCAUCUUUUCAUUAGCGGUUUUUCUCUCUUUUGCUCGAAGUUUGCACUUGCCAGUACUGAGUACAAUUGACAAUUGAAUUUGUGCACCUCAAGCUUCAUUUGCGUUGUACUUCGCUCUUCCAAUCCUUUGUGCUCAGCACUCGGCCUUUUACUCCUCCUGCACUAGGGAGUUUUACAGUACAUCGCAGCUGUUCUUUAUCCAGCCAGCUUCUUGGCAGAGAAGCCAUUUGCUCACCAGCCUCUUUGACACCUGUCAAGUGCCCACAAGCUGCAAAGCCCUUGUGGUUUCCUAAAUCAUCUCUGCCAGCUGCUUGUCGUUCACCCAAUGAUCCACAACCUCUCUCCUGCCCCCUGCUUUGAUUUGCUAACUGGCAAUUUUCUUGCCCCAUCUUCACAUUUGCUACCCAGGCCACCAAUGCUGCAGCUGGACAGCUGUCAUUGUUGGCAUUGCUAGACAAUAACUGAGUCCCAGGUUGUGUGCUCGUGGUGGUUUGCUGCCAAUGGUGCAAGUCUGGGCGCCAGCAUGGAUUCCAGAACUCAUAUGAUUGGCGCAUUUGUGGCUGGGACUUGCCUGGGUACCUGCCUGGCGCUAGCAUUGGCUAGAUAUAGUUUAUCAAAACAGCGGAUACGAAACUGGCAAGGUACACCACCCACAUUCAGCUCUGAAGGCAUCAAGGAGCAAGCAAGGCAGGUUCAAGGUUCUCAUGGUACCAUAGAUUUGGCGUCACCCCCGGUGCAGCUAGACGAAGCAGAUGAAAUCAUCCGAGAACAGUUCACAAGGAACGUCCAGUUCUUUGGGGAUGAGGGGCAGGCGCGAGUCCAUGGCGCCUUUGUGGUGGUUGUUGGCCUGGGGGGCGUCGGCAGCCAUGCGGCCAGCAUGCUGCUGCGCUCAGGGGUGGGCCGCCUGCGCAUUGUAGACUUCGACCAGGUGUCGCUGUCGUCGUUGAACCGCCACGCGGUGGCUGUGCGGGAGGAUGUGGGCACGCCUAAAGCGUUGUGCCUGCAGCGCCACUUUGCACGCAUCUUCCCGGAAGCCCACGUGGACGCCCGUGCGCUCAUGUACGACAUCACCACGGAAGAGGAGGUCCUCGCUGGGAGCCCGGACUUUGUGCUUGACUGCAUCGACAACAUUGACACCAAGGUCGCGCUCCUGGCGGCCUGCAAGCGGCGUGGUCUGCAGGUCGUCAGUGCCACCGGUGCGGGCGGCCGCGCCGACCCGACCCGCGUGCGGCUGGCGGACCUGAGCGAGAGCACGGAGGACCCCCUGAGCCGCGCGGUGCGGCUGCGGCUGCGGCGCCUGCACGGCAUCCAGGACGGCAUCCCGGUCGUCUUCUCCACCGAGAAGCCCAAGGCCGGCCUGCUGCCCUUCGAAGCGCCCGGUGGGGUGGAGGCGAACCCGGCCGACUACCAGGUGGUGCCUGGCUUCCGCGUACGUACCAUCCCGGUGAUGGGUGCGCUGCCCGCCCUCUUCGGCCUCGUCAUGGCCGCCCACGUCGUAACCACCCUCGCGCGCCUGCCCGUCGCCCCCGAGCCCGUACUGCGCCUCGGUCGCGAACAUUACGGCUUGCUGCAUCGCCGCCUGAUCGAGCGGGAGGAGUUGCGGUUCGGCAGUGGUGCCGCAGUGGACGUGGACGAGGACGAGGUGGUGUACAUUGCGCGCGAGAUGUGGCGCGGCCGCAGCGCGCGCGACCAGGCCGCACGGGACGUGGGGCGGGGCAUGUACCGGGCAAUGGCCCACAUGUGCCUCACCAGGUGGGACGCGUCGAAGCCCCCGACGAUCGACAACCUGAUCAUGCUGACCUUCGAGGAGGCCGAGGCGCACGAGGCCCGCACGCUGGCCGACAUUGCCAGCAGCGAGCCGCAGUUCUACGCCAUGGUCACGGCCGUGCUGCAACGGGCACGCCGGGACCUGGCGUACCCGCCACGGAGCACGUGACCGCGCACGCUCGUACCUCCAUCGCCAGCCAGAGUAGUCCAGAGUCCGAGCUCUAGCAUGAGCUCACUGCCCGAGAUCAGCCAUGGGAAGCAUUCAAGAGAGAAGCGUCCAAGCAAAGAAGGGGUUAAAAUGUCUUACGGCCACAGCCGCGAUAAGGUCCGCGUGUACUCUUUCGAAUCGUCUUACAAAGAUGUUUUCGAUCGAUCGAUG